UUGUGUCCUGCUGGCGGUUGCGCCUCUGAGGGAAAGCAGCAGCGGCUAGGCUAACCACUAACCACCGCGCCGUUUCUCCAUGAAACAGCCGUGGGGAGGAGAAAACGAGCUGAGUGAGGCAGGUGUCCUGGUAGUGAAGAGGCCAUUUCUGUAUUUAUGUAAGGUCUUCUGAGGACUGAGCAGGCGAUCUGAACACGAUGGAUGGUUAUGGGUUCUCGAGUCCGGUUCUGGGCGAGGACCGUUCCGUCAUGGCCCGCAUGCAAAAGAAGUUCUGGAAGACGAAGCAGGUUUUGAUCAAGGCGACGGGAAAGAAGGAGGACGAGCACGUAGUGGCAUCGGAUGCGGAUCUGGACGCGAAGCUGGAGUUUUUUCGUUCGAUACAGACGACAUGCACAGAGCUGCUGAAAGUCAUCGAAAAAUACCAGCAAAGGAUCACACGCCUGUCUCAGGAGGAGAAUGAGCUGGGACUCUUUCUGCGCUUCCAGGCUGAGCAUGACAAAACUAAAGCGGGAAGCAUGAUGAACGCCACGAGCAAGGCUCUGUGUACCUCCGCCAGACAGAGGUUGGCCCUUUGUGCCCCGCUGCAGCGGAUGGAGCAGGAGAUGGAGACGUUUCGGAGGAGAGCCAUCGCUGACACACUGCUGACCAUCAGCCGCAUGGAGAAGGCGAGGACGGAGUACCGCGGCGCCCUGCUCUGGAUGAAGGACGUCUCCCAGGAGCUGGACCCCGACACGUACAAACAGCUGGAGAAGUUCCGCAAGGUUCAGGCGCAGGUGAGGGGAACGAAGGUGCACUUUGAUAAGCUGAAGAACGACGUGUGUCAGAAAGUGGACAUGCUGGGGGCGAGUCGUUGCAACAUGCUGUCUCAUUCCCUCUGCACUUACCAGACAACACUCCUACAGUUCUGGGAGAAGACUGCGAACAUCAUGUCUGGUAUCCAUGAAGCCUUUAAGGGAUAUGUACCGUAUAACUUCACCACCCUGAAGUGUGUGUUACAGGAUUUAAGGGACCCGCUGGAGCACCUUUUGGAAGGUUCAUCACUGGAGGACGGCAAGGAUAAAGAAAAGCAAACAAAUGCAGACAAACUUGUGUCACUGGAGGAGGAGAAGAUGGGAAAAUCAGCGCUUGAAGCUGGUUCUCUCGCUGGUGUUGAUCAGGACCGAGACUCUGACGCCUCUUUACCAGCCAGUUUAGACUCGGCUUUGUAUGAGCUCUCGGGCCCCGUCAGCACAAUCGCAACGGAUGAUGACCUCUUAUUCAUGACCCCUGACCCCGACCCCACCCUGAGCCAUGCCACCAUCCCAGCUCUACCACAGCCUCAGAGCCACCCGGAGGCCGCGCUGCCCCCUGCUGACCAGUGGGACAUGUCUCAGGGGCAAAACCUGGAGUCCUUUGUCGCUAUGCCACUGCCUGAGAAGGCCAGCAGGGAUUUGCUCUCAGCACUCAUGCCACACUCUGGCCUGGAGGAGGAAGAGGGAGAGCGUGGUGAUCUGUCCUUCCUGCAGGAUCUGCUGAGCCCCGGAGCCGCCAGUAGAACAGAUGAAUUCAGUCAGGCGUGGCAGGACGCUUUCGGCUGCUUCGAAGCCCCUGCGAGUGCCCCCAGUUCCACACACACUGCUGCGGCGAGCAGCACCGCCGCUACUCGCUCUUCAUCCCAGCCUCCGAGUCCCACCGGCUUCCUGCCUUCACAGCUUCUCGACCACGGGAUCAGCGCCACUGGAUGGAUGACUCCUCCCAUGUUUCAAACGCCUCCUCUUCAAGCUCCGCCCACUGCUGGUCAGGUCUCGGCAGCGCAGAACAGCCCCAGGAUGUUGGAUAACGCUCCUAAAGGUGGAGCGCGGGACAUGUCUGCGUGGUUUAACCUUUUCGCCGACUUGGACCCACUUUCCAACCCGGACGCGAUCGGACGAAGCGAUGAAGAGCUGCUUAAUGCCUGAGGAUUCGUUUUCAGUUGCUGUAUAGAAAGAAAAACGUUUGGAUAUUCUUUGUGCUGAGUCCCACUGAGCCAAGGACACAUCCGGAAAAACACGGAACAGCCUGUGUGUGUGUGUGCGCACGCGCGUGCAGGCGUAAGUGUGCGUGCUAAUCCGCUUUAUAUUUCUUUAGCAAUGUGGGUUUAAAUUUUUUUCUUUAAAAAAAGAAGACUGCACUAUAUAUAGUAUAUGAAUGUUGAAGAUGAAGAGCCACCGAGAGAAAUGAAGGUGUCCGAGAUCAUAUUCUACACUGGAUGGUUUUAAGUUUCACGUGUUUUGUAAAUAAUCACACACUGGAAAGUGCACGAGAAACGUUUACUGAAUCAGAAACGUCCAUUUUUAAUCAGCUGUAGAUUAUUUUACAGAUGUAUCUCUGUCUGUCUGUCUGUCUGUCUGAAAGCUAUGCUCGCUAUGCUGUACACAAUUACAGAAAAAAUAAAAUGAGUAGAAAUGGAAGGAAACAUCCGUUAUAGCUAGAAUCAGGGAUUUUUGAUUAAUAAAGUGAGCACAGCUUCUAUUUGAUCAUGAAAAAAAAAAUCACAAAUCCCUGGUUAUGGCUUUAAGUAAAACCAAAUACUGUAUAAAACAAGAAAUGUACAUGUAUACUCACAUGGUGUUGCUUUGGAAAUGAGAUUUUUAUAUUUAUUAACCCUUUUAAAUUCCACUUAACUGCUUUAAGAUGAAUACAUGAAGACGUUUAAGGGGUAAACUUGCUGUAAAAUGUGUGAGAGGGAGAGAUUAUAUCUAAAUUUGGUCUUCACCACCACUACAGAUCUCCAGCAACCUAUACAGUCAAAUGCAAAAGUUUGUGCCCCCUUAUCACUAAUUCAAUAUCAGAAAUUGAAAUUGCGGCACGGUGGUGUAGUGGUUAGCGCUGUCGCCUCACAGCAAGAAGGUCCGGGUUCGAGCCCCAUGGCCGGCGAGGGCCUUUCUGUGCGGAGUUUGCAUGUUGUCCGCGUGGGUUUCCUCUGGGUGCUCCGGUUUCCCCCACAGUCCAAAGACAUGCAGGUUAGGUUAACUGGUGACUCUAAAUUGAGCGUAGGUGUGAAUGUGAGUGUGAAUG